AUGCCCCCGCCCGACCCGGCCCUUCAGAUACCGGCCAUGGCGUCACCGAUAGGCUUCACAACGUCUCUUCGACGAUCGAAUCCUCAGUUCACCAGCAGCCCUGAUCUGGACGUUGGUGCAGACGUGCGCUCACAGCUGGUAGCGACCGCUGGGAAUCCAACCCCCGAUGCGAUGGCUGAGAUCACCGCUGCCACGGGCUCCGCCGGCAAAGGCAUCCUCAUCGGCAUCCUCUCAGCCUUUGGCUCCGCCGGCGUCGCUAUCCUGGUGCUUGCCAUCUUUUUGUUUUUCAAAUAUACCCGUCGCGGUCGAAUUUUGCUGGAUCGUAUAGGACGGCCUGGUGAAUUUGAUGAUGAACAAGCCUUUGCCCGGGAGGAGGCGGAAGCCUUGGAGAUUAUGGACGAUCUAACUCGGGCGGAGUAUCUGCGAGCCAAAGCGUUCAUUCAAGCAAACCCACCGGAAACAAUGCAGACCGAUAUCUCGUUAUCGCAGUUUCUCGCCAUUCAGGAGAAGGGUGUCUCGGCUUGGGAAUUCGAGCCCGAGUUGGAAAUCGCAAAUUGCUUUGUCGAAGGCCGUACAGAAAUUGAGUUCUUCGACUCUGAGUGCAGCGUUCAAACCAAUCUACCCGUUCCAAAACAAAACGAUGUAUAUUACUGGGAAGCAAAGAUCUACGAUAAACCGGAAUCUACUCUGCUGAGCAUUGGAAUGACGACGAAACCUUAUCCUCUAUUUCGGCUACCAGGAUUCCACAAAAUGUCUGUUGCAUAUCUCUCAACUGGCCAGCGAAGAUACAACCAACCCUUCAGGGCGCCUAACUACGGCCCGGAGUACACCCAAGGUGACGUUAUUGGUGUUGGAUACCGACCUCGUUCUGGGACUCUAUUUUUCACUCGUAACGGGAAAAAGCUAGAUGACGUGGUGCAUGGACUGAAAACGCCGAAUUUCUUUCCCACUGUUGGCGCCAAUGGACCAUGCACGGUGCACGUUAAUUUUGGGCAGAUGGGCUUCGUUUUCAUCGAAGCCAACGUUAAGAAAUGGGGGUUGGCUCCCAUGACCGGGAGUCUCGCGCCUCCGCCGCCGUAUGGCAGUGAACAAGGAAGCAUACUGCUCGAGUCUGGCCGUGAAAGUGCGGCUCCGGCUGCUCGCGGUUAUUUAGAUGCCGGAUAUCGAGGGACUCGUAUGCACGCGCCCACCAGCCCAGGUCCGAUCCGAUCACCCACAGACAUAUCUCUCGCCCAGCUGGCGCACAUACCAUCACACGAAGAUAUCGGUGAGGGGUCUAGUCGAGUGAACGUCGCGAGCCCGCCUCCCGAAUAUUCCAGUCCGAACUCGAGCCGGCGCAACAGCGAAGAUUCAGAUGGCGAUAGGAGUUCUCUCCACCCACCUGGGUACCACGCUGUCGUGACGGACGAAGAGGACUUAUGA